CUGAUAUUUUUAAAGUAAACAUAGGAGGAGAACUGAAACGUUAAUAACGCUACUAAGGUACGCGAAAAUACUAAUGUAUGCUAAUUGGACUACACUUCCCUGGGGCACCAACUCUUGAGUCGUAAAGCAGUGUGGUGUGUCGAAUUGCGCUUUGAACGACAGGAACGGGCGGGAGCGUACCACUCGACUAAAUUCAUCUUCAUCUGCAGUGUUCAAGUCAAUUUGAGAUUAAUUUCGUCACGGAGCUCUCGGCGCAGUGUCUCUCCCAAUGGCGACAGACAUUGUUUCGCAGUUGGCCGAGUCCUUGGCCAAAACUGGAGUUGAGGAGGGGGAGCUGAGUUAUAAAGGCCAGGGAAGAAAGCUCAAUGAUUCCCAAUCAGUCGAAGAGAUUGUGAAGGACAUUGAGGACUUUGAGGGUCUCCAGGCUCUGAGACUGGAGGGGAACACUGUCGGUGUGGAGGCAGCGAAAGCCAUCGCCAAGGCCCUCGAAACAAAGAGCCAGUUUAAGCGCUGUUACUGGAGUGACAUGUUUACUGGCCGCCUCCGCUCUGAGAUCCCACCUGCUCUGAAUUCACUGGGCGACGCCCUGAUGCUGGCGGGUGCCAAGCUGACUGUUCUCGAUCUGAGUGACAAUGCCUUUGGACCAGACGGGGUGAAGGGCAUCGAGAAGCUGCUGAAAAGCUCCGCCUGUUACACAUUGCAGGAACUGCGGCUCAACAACUGUGGCAUGGGCGUCGGAGGAGGGAAGAUACUGGCUGCUUCACUCAUGGAUUGCCACAAAUCAAGUGGAAAAAGCGCCCCCCUCAGCCUGAAGGUGUUUGUCGCGGGGAGGAAUCGACUGGAGAAUGACGGCGCCACCGCCCUCGCUCAAGCGUUCCAGUUAAUGGGCAGCCUGGAGGAGAUCCACAUGCCCCAGAAUGGCAUCAACCACCCCGGUGUAACCGCCCUGGCAAUGGCCGUGCAGCACAAUCCAAACCUGCGAACCCUCAACCUGAAUGACAACACUUUCACGGAGAAGGGCGCCAUUGCUAUGGCUAAGGCGUUGAAACAUUCGCGAAGCGUCCAGGUCAUAAACUUCGGCGACUGUUUAGUGCGUCCUGCCGGAGCAGCGGCCAUCGCUGAAACCGUUUCAGAAGGACUGCCAAUCUUGAAGGAACUCAAUCUGUCGUUUGGCGAGAUAACAGAGGAAGCUGCUCUGGCGGUGGCCCACGCGGUCAAGGACAAGGACCAGCUGGAAAAACUGGAUCUGAACGGUAACUACCUCGGAGAAGACGGCUGCAAGGCUUUGAAGGACUUGAUGGACGGCAUGAACAUGGCCGAGCUCCUGGCGUCGCUCAGUGAUGAUGAGGGUGAACCGGAAGAUGAGGAUGAAGAUGACGAGGAGGAGGAGGAAGACGUGGAUGAAGAAGAGGUCGAGGAGGAGGAAGAAGAGGAGGAAGAUGACGACGAUGAAGAGGAGGAGGAGGAAGAAGAGGAAAACACCGGCACCAAGUUCUCCACGCCUCCAUCGGCCCAGCGGCCGCCGGAUGUCUCCUCCUUCCUCAGCUUUCCGUCCCCAGACAAACUGCUGAAGCUGGGGGCCAAAAGGGCAGCACUGAUUGAACAGCAGGUGGACGUGACGGAUGCUACAAAAACAGCCGAGGCCUUCCUGAAAAUCGCUUCUGUGUACAAGGAGGACAAUAAUGACGUGAAGAACGCAGUCUUGGAGAGUGUGGAUGCCCUUCUGAAGAAAGCCUUUUCCUCCUCUUCCGUUCAAAGCUACAACUUUGUCUCCUCCUUGCUCGUGUUGUUGGGACUUAUUAAGAGUGAGGAGAAGGUGAAGCCUGUGCUGGUGGUCUCCGGUCACCUGCAGGCCUUGGAGCACGCCGUUCGACAGGACUACUUCCCCAAGGAGAGCAUGGCCGUGCUGGAGGCCUUCAUGUCCCGGUAAGGGCGUGACAGAAUGAGCCAAUCAGCAGGCAGCUUCCAGCAACAACAAGGCGUUGGAGUCGUGUGGAACCUCUCGACACCAGCUCCAGUCCACUUUGCAGAGAGUCCACUCUGAGAGCUGAUGGCUGUGGACACACACACACACACACACACACACACACACAGUAAAACUUAUCUUUUACUGAUGGACCUCUGGGAGCCAGCACACAUUUACUCAAAUUUGGAGUUGAACGUAGCGUACUGCCUCGAUGGACCAGGAUGCUUUAUGGACUUGCAGUCAUUGAAGUGCUUUGUGUUGCAUCAUAGUAAUGCUAACCAUCAUGCUGUUUUGUACCUCUGGUGUUUUUAGGAAAAAAAGAGAAUCAGGUGUCAAUCACCUGCCGAGAACACAACACUAGACACUCUAUUGUACCAUAUACUUGAAUGCAAACGGAAUAAAGCCAGGCUUGGCUAUUUGUACAUUUUUAUUUUCUGCCUUUAAUAAUGUAUUUCUUUUGCAUGUUAAUGAUGAAUAUUUUCCCCACGGCAUGAAAUGUGUGCUGUUAACUGGUAAAUAUGAGUAGAACAGGGAUGUAUUUUCUGCCUUAAAUGAGGCGUAAACUGUUUAUGCCUACGCUUUGAGAAAAUAAACUGA